CCAACUAUGUGCACAUAUUAUUGGCGGUUAUUAAUUUUCGGAGUGUUUGUUGUUAAUUUCUUUGGCAAAGGCUGCUCUUUGGAAUGCUUUGAUUGCAAGUCGGAUCCAAAGGGCCACUGUGGGGACCCUUUCAAUUCAUCAUCGGUGAAGGCUGUGUCAUGCGUUCCGUCAAGUUACGUGUGCUUGAAACAGAAACAGAUUUUUAAGAGAAAUGGACGAGAAAUAAUGGAAGUGACUAGGUCCUGCGCUCCAGACUCAUAUUGUCGUCUAAUGAUCUUCGAGCACUGCUCCCUGUGCCAGACCGACAGAUGCAAUCCAGCCAACGUUUCGCUACCGUCCUCGCCAGUCAAUACAAUUAUUGCUAUGUGUUUGCUAAUAAAAUAUUUCUCCGCAAGUGGCACAUUCAUUACGUGAAUUUCUCAAAUUUUGUUAACAUCCUUUGUCAUUGAACAAUAAAUUCUAUUGAUUACGCUUGA